CUUAUUUCUUUUUAUCCAAAAUUCCUCUUGUAUUUUUCAAAUUUGAAAGUUUGCGCCCUAGUUGUCCUGUUUUUAACUCUGUUUUACUUUCUUUCUCUUAUUUUUUUCAAUCUUAAAAAAAAAUACAAGUGAAGGAGAAAGUAGAAAGUUUUGAAAAUGGUCGAAAUCGCGAGUUUUGUUCUCGAUGUUGUCAAGUGCUUGGCUGCUCCGAUUGGGCGUCCACUUAUGUACCUGUACAACUACAAGAAGAACAUUGACAAUCUCCAAGAUGAAGUUAAGAACCUGAAGAAUACAAGAGACGAAGUGCAGGUUAAGGUUGAGGUUGCUGAACUGAACGGGGAAGAGAUCAAACAGAGAGUUAAGGAGUGGCAGACUAAGGUGAACAAUACCAUUACGGAAGCAGAGAGGUUGAUUGAAGAGAAAGAAGAAAACGCUCGAUGUUUCAAGGGAUUGCGCCCCAACUGUAUCAACCGCUACAAACAUAGCAAGAAGGCAUUCAAAUUAAAGCGGGAUAAUAUUGGUCCACUCCUGCUGCAAGAGGAAAGAUUCGGUGAAGUUUUCGAUUGGUGUAUACAACAAUCCAAGUACGAGAAGAACUUUGUCAAAUUCCUAGAUGAUGUUUUGAAGCUGAAGAAUGCAAGACGCAAAGUGCAGCAUAAGGUUGAGGAGGCUAAAAUCAAUGGGGAAGAGAUUGAAGAGGAUGUGAAGAAGUGGCUAGAGGAUGUUGACUCUGUCAUUGUUAAAGCAGAGGAGUUGAUUGAAAACCAAAGUUCGAUUGGCACUGACUGGCAGACGCGCUACCAAAAUAGCAAGGCAGCAUCCGAAUUAAUGGUGGAUGAUAUUGGUCCACUCCUGCAGCAAGAAGAGAAAUUCGACAGAGUUUCCUAUCCUACUAUUCCACUAGAGAAGAACUUUGACAAGCUCCGAGAUGAUGUUUCGAAGCUGAAGAAUGCAAGACUCAAAGUGCAGCGUAAGGUUGAGGUGGCUGAAAAAAAUGUGGAAGAGAUUGAAGAGGAUGUGAAGAAGUGGCUAGAGGAAGUUGACUCUAUCAUUAUUAAAGCAGGGGAGUUGAUUGAAAACCAAAGUUCAAUUGGCACUGACUGGCAGACGCGGUACCAAUAUAGCAAGGCAGCAUCCGAAUUAAUGGUGGAUGAUAUUGGUCCACUCCUGCAGCAAGAAGAAAGAUUCGAAAAAGUUUCCCAUCCUACUAUUCACAAGGAGAUAUGGCUUAGAUCUGAUGAAGAUUAUUUGGUUUUCGAAUCAAGAAACUCCACUGAGAAGAAUGUAUGGGAGGCAUUAAAAGAUGAGAAUAUCUACAUGAUCGGUGUUUAUGGGAUGGGUGGUCUGGGCAAGACCACUCUUGUGCAGGAAAUUGGUAGGAAUGCUGAGAAUAAUAAGCUCUUUAAUGAGAUUGUUUUUGUUGAGGUAACAGAAACUCCUGAUACAACAAAGAUUCAAACAGCAAUUGCAAAGAAGCUAGGUCUUAGAUUCGAAGAUGAAAAGGAAGAUGAGAGUGAAAGGGCAAGUAAGUUAUAUUCUAGAAUGAUGGAGAAGAAUAUUCUUUUGAUUUUAGAUAAUAUUUGGAAAGAGUUAGAGUUGAAGACAGUUGGAAUUCCUUUCGGAGCUGAUCGAGGAAGAAGUAAAAUAUUGAUGACAACAAGAAAUGUAGAUGUGUUGGAGAAGAUGGGUUCCACAAAUAAUUUCGGGAUGUGCAUUUUAAAUGAAAAAGAAGCUUGGAGGCUAUUCAAGAAAAUGGCAGGCAAUGUUAUUCAAACACCUGAAUUGAAUUUUUUACCAAAGAAGGUAUGCAAAGAAUGUGGAGAUUUGCCGAUUGUCAUUUGUACUAUAGCAAAGGCAUUGAGGAAUAGAAGAAAAAAAUCUCAAUGGGAAGAUGCUUUGCGAAUACUAAGAAUGCCUUCCCCGGCAAAGUUCACAAGACUUUUAGAAAAGGAGUAUUUAAAGAUUAAGUUGAGUUACGAUUAUUUAGAAGAUGAUGAGCUCAAGAAAACUUUCAUAAUUUGUAGUCUAAUGGAAAACAAUACCUCCAUUUUAGACUUGCUCAAGAAUAUUGUUGGCUUGGGUAUACUUGAAGGAGCUAAUCUUACAAUAGAACAAGCACGGAAUAGACUAGAUUCAGUGGUCAAGGAACUCAAAGACUCUUGCUUGUUACUUGAUGGUGUAACCAAAGGAAGAUUUUCUAUGCAUGACGUUGUUCGCGUUGUUGCUUUAACGUGUGCAUAUACAGUUCACCAUGUAUUCACAGAGAGAAAUGACAUUGAAAGGGAAUGGAAGGAUAAAGAUAAACUUAGAAAAUGCACAAUUAUGUCUUUAGUUGGUAAUAAUAUUAUUACUCAACUUUGGCCUGAAGCAUUAGAUUGUCCAAAACUAGAAUUUCUUAGGGGUUCUUCUUUCAAAAUCCCUAAGGAGUUUUUCAUAGUGAUGACAAAGCUAAAAGUUUUAAAUUUAUUUAGAACACAACAGUCGUUGUUGUCGUCACUUGAUCUUCUGACAAACCUUCAAACAUUGUGUUUACAUGAUAGCAAAAUUGAAGAUGUUGAUAUUAUCGGAAAUCUUAAGAAGCUAAAAGUCCUUAGCUUGCAAAAUACUGAUAUUGAGGAAUUGUCUACACAAAUGGGUGAAUUGACUGGGUUAAAGAUUUUAGAUUUGAGCAAUUGUCGGCAAUUAAAAGCUAUUGCACCAAAUGUGAUAUCAAAGCUAUCCCAACUAGAAGAAUUGUAUAUAAAGGGAUGUAGUAUUCAGUGGAAGGUUGAAGUACUCAAGGAGUUGAAGCACUUAUCUCAAUUGACCAGUUUAGAAAUUUAUAUUCAAGAUUAUAAGAUGAUGCCUAAAGACUUCUUUUCUAGAGAGCUUAAAAGGUAUGAUAUAUCAAUAGGAAAUAAAUGGUUCAACAAUUCUAGUUGGUAUAAGGAGUUUUCAAGAAUGUUUGAACUUGAAUAUGAUUCUACCAUCUCUUUAGAAGAAUUACGAAUUCUCAAGAAUGUUAAACUCUUACGGUUGGCCGAAUUUUCAGAUGAUGAUAACAAUCUCGAGCCAUUUUUUAAUGAAAAGGUUUUUUUCUCCAAUUUGAUGGCCUUGGAAUGAACAAUAUUAGUUCUAGAAAGAUUUGGGACAACCAACUUCCACACUUUUGUCUUCUCCCUAUCAGAAUUUGACACGCU